UUCGCCGUGCAACUUUUACCGUAUAAAACCAACCGACGCACCACAGCACCGGUAGUUACACUCCGUUCGAGUAUUAACGAACUUCACUUCCAUAAAUAAAAUAAGACGAAACUAAUCGAAUCAUCACCCGGCAUCGGCAUGAAGUAUCAUCUGGUUCUCGCUUGCAUCGUACUGUGCAUCGUCACAUUCCCGCACCAUGGGAACGCAAGUCCAAAGCCGGACUUUGCGGUACCGGCACGCAUGACCGGUGUCGCUAGCGGCAGCCUCGAUUCGACCGGAAACGUGGUACAAAACACGAACCGCGUCCUGAACCUGCUUGACCAGUUCCAAUCGAUCACCGAAACGCUGUACGGUUUGCAAACUCCGGACCUGUACCAGUUGGCGACGGGCUUUCGGCUGGUGCUGGACAGUCUGGUAGAGUCGGGCAGUCCCAUCUUUCAGGCGCUCUCGAAUGCGGCUCGUCUCUCGAGCGGUAACAUAACGACCGUCUUCGAUGGAAUCCGACAAAGCAUCAAUGCAACGAUUGCCCUGAACGAGCUGCACCAGUCGGCAAUCAAUGGGACGGGUCUGCUGCUCGGGACGGCGGGCGUACAAAACAUCAGCACCGUGCUGGACCAACUGGUGCGUAAUGUGGCCAACCUAAGUGUGGCGCUGGAUGAGAUAGAACCGACACUGGUAGAGAUCCAGCAAUUGUCCCGUCCGAGCCAGGCACAGGUUGACAGUCUCUACCCGCGGAAUGGCAUUCGGAAGUUCAACGCCAUUCUGCUGGACUACGUCAACAUUGGGCGGACUACGGUACCGCAAAUCAACGCCGUUGUCAAUCGUAUCCGCAUGAUGGAUGGUUUCAUCGCCCGGCUAACAUCGGUAACGAGCGGACUGCGAAACUAUCUGAACAGUUCCCUGAUCGCCGUGAACGGGAGCGUCCAGAGCGGUGUCGAGCAGCGGCUGCAAACUGCCCUGCGUACAAUUCGUACCAACUUCAAUACCGGUGUAACUGCGGCUACGAGAAAGCUGAAACUGUUCUUUCUCGACGAUCUGGACACCGUUCGGAUGGAGGCGCAGAAUGCAAGCGGACUACUUGUCAAACGUCUCUCCAACGUCACCCAAUCGUUGGACGAACUUGUCAACCGCACGGCGGUAAUAAUGGAGGGGCAAGAAACGGAAUGGGUGAUGAAUCGUACCAUCGCGUCCGUCCUAGAUCUGGCCUGGCGAAUGACCCUGUCCGUUACCUCAUCGCUCCCGAAGGCAGACACUUGCUUUUCAAGGUUUAACUACGAGUUCGACAAGCUACCGCGGCUCAUCUACGGUUCACUGUCGAGCUGCGGUCAGCAGGAGGUCCGCACGUUGCAGAGCGUUGCGAGUGCACUCGUCGGGUACCUGGGAGUUGUUCAGGCUCAGCUCGAUUCGGAGACGAACCAGUACAACCAAUGUUUAAAUGGAGUAGUUCCGAGUUCUUCCGAUGAGCUAAAGCUCCAGCGUGCCGUUUGUCUCCAGGGUGCCCAGCGACUGUCGUACAUCUGGGGUAACAUAGUGGUCGAUAAUCAACUGAAAGCGUUUGAAGAAAUAAUGCAGGACGAGAUAGGUUACAGUGCCGAGCGACAUCAUCAGUGUGUACGAACGAGCUAUCUCUUGAUGGCUGCCGAGAUAAAGAAUUUGUGGAGCGCUAUUGCAAACUGUUUGAACUAAAUGGAGGCGCCUGGUGUUUAUCAUCUUGAAGAUAGUAU